AUGCCACAGAUCUCUCGCCGCAACGCUCGCAGAAGAGACGUACUGGUUCAUAUAGACCAAAACACGAACGGAACGAACGAGUCAAACGAUAAUACAAAUAUGUCUGUAGUCCACCCGCCCCGCCGUCCACCCCAUGUCCACCGUAGCGGUCUCGCUGCCUUUGUCCACUUCUCUCUUCUCUCAACACCGUCCAUCGUGGUUGUCGAUUACUUCAUAUGUUGUCAUUGCCGUCUCCCAACCCCUUUCUCCACCCUCCCUGCGACACAAAUUCCCGCCUGUCCAGCCUGUGGACACGUCGUCGACUAUACAGGGGACUGCGACGCCAAAUUCACGAUCGUCGAGCCGCUCAUUCGUGGACGGGUUGAUAGACAGGAUGAUAUCCACAAGAGGGUGUGGAGGAAGAAAGAACGAGAUCGGGGAGUGCGCUUGGUAUUUCCGUUCCGUGGAACCGAUAGCACGGUGUUUUGGACGUGGGAACCGCCCGGGCUGCCGGUGGUUUUGGGAGAGGAGGAAGAGCAGGAUGAUGGGGUCGAGGGAGUGAGGUGUGGUGGAGAGUUUGAGUUUGUGGGUCCGGAUGAGGGUGAUGAGUGGGUUGAGGUGGGUGAGAGUGAUUCAGAUAGGAGUCAGACUGUUGGUGAGAGAAGCGGAGGGAGGUGA